AUGCACUACUCGCCCGGUGCACCUAUCCUCCAAUCGAAGGACCUGGUCAAUUGGGAAUAUAUUGGCCAUUCCGUCCCUACCCUCAGCUUCAACUCCAAAUACAAUCUGCAGAACGGGCAGCAAGCCUACGUUAAAGGCAUUUGGGCUUCUACGAUGCGUCAGCGACCUUCGAAUGGGUUAUGGUACUGGUAUGGCUGCAUCGAAUUCGGCACAUCCUAUGUCUGGACUGCUUCCUCUCCUUCUGGCCCUUGGACUCAACGCGCUUCGUUCGGCACCUGCUUCUACGACUGCGGGCUCCUCAUCGACGACAAUGACAUGAUGUAUAUUGCUUAUGGUGGAGGCAAUGUCAACGUAGCCCAGCUCUCCGCAGACGGAUUCAGUAUUGUCAAGACACAACAGGUUCUUACUACUUCGACCGCAAACGGUGGAACAAUGGAGGGCAAUAGGCUUUACAAGCGAAACGGUCUGUAUUAUAUCAUCGACGAUUUGCCUGCUACGGAAGAGUGGGUAUGGAAGGCGUCCAGUAUCUGGGGACCGUACACUCCCAAGAACUUGGUGAAAUCCAUUUCGUGCAACUUCCCCAACGAAGGCUCCUGCAACCCUCACCAAGGCAGUCUUGUCGACACGCCCAGCGGCCAGUGGUAUCAUAUGAGUUUCACUGACGCGUAUCCCGGUGGUCGUUAUCCGAUUUUGGCGCCAGUUACUUGGGGAUCAGUAUGGCGGUCCGUUCUGGACAAAACCCAGAAUGAGUGGUGA